GUUACGUGUGAGGCUCAGGAACAUAACGUGUUGCACUGUGCUGUAAUAAUGGAACGACAAAAGUUUGUUCGACUAGAAGUUUUUGCCAUGUUGGCGCUGGCGGCCCUUCCAGAUCUCGCCUGCUGCCAACUGGUUGCCCCCAUAGUCAGUUGUGCGGCCGAGGGCCGCCUGCCCGACCCAACGGACUGCGGCUACUACGUGGACUGCACAAAGAACAGCGACGGCACCUACACGUCGACCAUCAACCCGUGCCCCGCCGGCACCUACUACGAUUCCUGCCAGGGCGACUGCAGCAAAACUCAGCAACCAUCCGUCUGUUCCUUUACCUGUGAUAAUGAUGGCAUUGCCGGGUUUCCACCUGAAAAUCCGUCCGUGUACUUUGUGUGUAACACCGUUGGUAGUGUACCGACCUUAACUAUUGCUAAGUGUCCUAGUGGCACUGCAAUCGGUGCUGACAUGACCACUUGCAUAGGUAUUGCCCCCGACUGUCCAGUCAAUAAUGAGUCGCCUGGGCCCUCCACAUGCAACGGAACUUAUUAUUACGGACAUGCUAAUAACUGUUCCGUUUACUACUACUGCAGUGGCCCAGGUGAGUCACCAGAGCCGACGUACUGCAACGCUGACGAAUACUUCAUUAGUUACAACCACAGCUGCACUAAGUUUCAGUGCACGUCGCAGGGUUUUUUUGCAGAUCCAGCCGAUUGUGCCUCGUUCUAUUACUGCGUUAGCGAUGCUUCGGAAGCGACGCAGCUUACGUGUCCCAGUGAUAGUCAUUUCGACAGCUCGGUUGGAGGGUGUGUGCAGGGAGAGUGCACCACAGUCUGCCCCGGAAGCAGCUCGCACUUCACGUGCCCGUCCAUCGGCUUUUUCGCAGAUCCGUUGAACUGCAACUGGUACUACUACUGCGACAGCACCCUGCAAGCAUCGCACAGCAAGUGUCCAGACGGAAGUCACUUCGAGAGCACCGUGGGUAGCUGCUUGAUGGGCGAGUGUCCUAGCAGGCUGGUCGGUAGGGACUGGGAAGUUGGAGUGCGACCUCUGAGCUCUGUUUCUAGCCUACCAUUACGACGUGAGGAAACCCAGAUUCCAUUCUGGAAUUCUCGCAAGGAGACAUUGCAGAUGCCAAGUCCAUAGACAUUACGUAGUGCCUGCAGGAUAGUUCUCAUUACAAAUGGAGUAACAAUAGUUUUUGUGACAGCUACUUAAGAUGUUACCAUUACGAUAUGUUUGUCAAAUUUAUCGCACUGGAGCAACCAAAUCACCCUGUGCUCUAUUUCUCAAGCCAGGCUUCUUCUGAAGAUCCCAUUUACAAGCUGGCCUUUCUAAUGUAUGUAUAAGUUCAUAUUAAUUACCAUUAAUUUUUAUUUGCCACAUCUAUACUCUCUGUUACCUCCGCACGUCCUUUCAUUGCCACUACUAGUAGUUCAGUAUCGAUAACACUCUAGUGAUGAAGUUGUUGAUACCUACACAUUGGUAGUCACAUAUGUAACAGUGCUCUGAAUUACAAACAAGACGAAGGCUGUGUUUUCUUGUAACGAUGUGCUUUUCUGUAAAUCAAUAAAAGCUAAUUUAUCUGAA